UGCUCCGAGUGGGAGGGGUGUCCCGUCCGCAGGCCCCACAGUGUCAGACGGCAAGCAGCAGCUGCGGCGAGAGGAGCGCACUCCAUUGUUCUCCAUUUCAGAGAGAAAAAGAAAAAAAAAAAAGAGGAAAAACUCACGCAGCGACACAUUUCCUCGAUUUAGACGCCCAGUGCACGGAAGACAGCAGGCUCAACAUCCAACAUGGUGGACCGCGAGCAACUGGUGCAGAAGGCCAGGCUGGCCGAGCAGGCUGAGCGAUAUGACGAUAUGGCAGCUGCCAUGAAGUCGGUUACAGAGCUGAAUGAAGCACUUUCCAAUGAAGAGAGGAACCUGCUCUCUGUGGCCUACAAGAACGUGGUUGGUGCCCGGCGUUCAUCCUGGCGCGUCAUCUCCAGCAUUGAGCAGAAGACGUCGGCCGACGGUAACGAAAAGAAGAUUGAAAUGGUUCGGGCCUACCGGGAAAAAAUCGAGAAGGAGCUGGAGACAGUUUGCCAGGAUGUGCUGAACCUCCUCGACAACUUCCUGAUCAAGAACUGCAACGAAACGCAACACGAGAGCAAAGUGUUCUACCUGAAGAUGAAGGGCGACUACUACCGCUACCUAGCUGAGGUGGCCACCGGCGAGAAGCGCGCCGCCGUCGUCGAGUCCUCCGAGAAGUCCUACAGCGAGGCCCACGAGAUCAGCAAGGAGCACAUGCAGCCCACUCACCCCAUUCGCCUGGGCUUGGCUCUCAACUACUCCGUCUUCUACUACGAGAUCCAGAACGCCCCAGAGCAGGCGUGCCACCUGGCCAAGACCGCCUUCGAUGACGCCAUCGCCGAGCUGGACACCCUCAACGAGGACUCCUACAAAGACUCCACUCUCAUCAUGCAGCUGCUACGAGACAACUUGACGCUGUGGACGAGCGACCAGCAGGACGACGAGGGAGGCGAGGGCAACAACUAAGAAGAGUCUGCAGCGUCAUUCUGCCAAAACACCACAACAGUCGCGCUCACAAAUGACAAAACAAAAUAAUACUGAAAAAGUUAGAAAUUAAGAUAAACAGUGGGUAGGGGGUAAGAGGUGGAACAUCAGCAGCCAAUGGUACUAACACAGCUGCUGUCCUUUAUUUUUCCACAAGCAAAAAGUGAAAUAAGUAGGAGAAAAGAAGACCUUAGCUUGAGGUAUAAACAGCAGUUAUUUAAAAAAAAAAAAAAAGAAAAAAAAAGAAUAAAUAAAAAAACAAGAAUGAAUCGCCCUUCUCGGUAGCCUCUGCAGCAUUUGCUUGAAUACCACUUAGAAGCAAGAGGUGUAUCUUUGGCGCCAGUGUAAAGACGCAUCACACAGGCGGAUGGCGAAUGGUGUCAUUAUGCAAAUGAAGCGGAGGUGUCUUAUUGCAUUGACUGAGGGGAGAAGCAUCCAGAAAUUGAGUUUGAUGAAUGCGCAAAGAGAGGCGAAAAUUUGAGUAAGCUUGAAUGUCAAGGCCUUGCUUUUCACGAGAGGGCAAAGCAUCCGGAUGACAAAUGCGGCUUGUAGGGGCGUCUACAUACAUGCGUGUUGACGUGACAUCUUUAGUUGCGGCGCUCUGUGGGUCGUUGAGUGAAAAGCAGGUUGUCUCUGUUAUUGAGGAUAACGCGGAGAGGAAAAAAAAUAAACGUGUUCUUUUGUUUUGCUUUGUGUCAGGUGUGUGUCCAGCUAAGUCACACAGUCAUACUGUAACUAAAUAUAGAACUUCAUGAAGUAAACUUAGUGCAGCUUGUCCCUAUCAUGUGCUGAUGUGCUUUAUUGAAUAAAUUAACUGUUUUUGGACACCUAAUCCUUAGUGUCAGUAUUGUCGUCACUAUAAUAACCUCAAUUGGCUCCUGAUGUUAGGAGGGAAGGAUUAUAUUCACAAAAGUCACAUAGCAAAAUGAGAAGUGGAGUUUGGUACUGGAGAAGGAUCACGAGGCGAGAGAUGGUUUCACCCUUACUCUUCAGUUCGUCGUCUGAAACGGCUUCUGGAACCGCAAGGCUGAAGUGUUUGUUCAUGCAAUGGUACCAGAUGGCUCCAUUUGGGGUUUGUGGAUUCACUUUACCUGCAGUUUCUUUUUGCCUAUGACAGUAUUUUGUUUCUUCAGUGUAAAAUGAGAACUGCUGUAGUAUUCUCCAUAUUACAGUAUUGUGCAUGCUGGUGAUGUAUUUAUAGAGUAGCUUCAAUUUAUUAACUUAUACUGUAGAUGUUAUGUAUUCAUAGGAUAUUGGAAAAUACUAGACCUUAUUUCAGAUGAUUUUUCUAUUUAUUUCUUUUUAUUGCAAUUGUUCGCUCGAACUUAUUUUCAAAUGUCUUUUCUUUACUCCAUUUGCUGAAGUACGCUAUACCAAAACAGUAAUUGUUACCAAUAAAUUGAUCUGUUACAGACAAUACCAUGGUGACAUGCAAUUCUUGGUUAGGACAAUAAGCUGCUAGUUCGUGAUACUUUGUGACCUUUGACCCGAUACAUUAACAGCAGGUACAUAGUGUAGCGGGCUCAUGAAAGCAAACUCCUGUAAUUAAUGAAACACGACAAGAUAAUGGACAUAAAUAACAUAAUCCCAAUAUUGACAUGACUGUUUACAUGGUCGGUGCAUGACCUCCCGGACUAUUAAUCUUAUCCGUAAUAAAGAUGACUUUUGUAUUGAUGCUUUGGCAAUGACAGAAUGAUCAUAUUCCAAUUCCAAAGCAUCGUAUAAAUAUUAGUAUGCCUGCUGUAGGUCGAUACAUCUUGUCAGUAUCUCAGUAUGUUGGAAAUUUGUUCUGUUUUGCAAUCAUCUGUCAUAUAAAAUCUCUUGGGAAACACAAUUAAAGACCCAAAUAUAAAAA